GGAUCUCCCUCCUGCCCCACAGCCGUGCAUUUAUCUACUCACAUCCGUUCUCAGAAAGGUAGUUCCCGCAAUUGUCAGCCUGAAUUCACCCCGCCUUUGACGACAUCUGCCAAGCUCCAACCAGUCAACUUGAGUUUGCCUUGCAGCUUCGUUCAAACUAUGGCGGCCCUCACAAGCGGUUCUAAGGUCCUUCCUGUCCUCGCGACGGGCAGCAACGGUGCUCAGCAGAAUGGCAGCCGUGUUUCCCUGGGCUCCAGGAUGCUCUCAGGAACCCGCGCCUCGGUUUCUUCUCAGAGCACGUUCUUCAGCGGCCGGGAUUCAUGGCGGUUGCAGCAGGCCGUCGGUGCGACUGGCAGCAACGGAGGAGCCCUGGCGGCCGAGAUGAAUAUCUUCGACAGGGUCGGCCGGAUCGUCAAGUCGUACACGAACGCGGCGCUGAGCUCGUUGGAGGACCCGGAGAAGAUGCUGGAUCAGACGGUCGAGGACAUGCAGAACGACCUCAUCAAGCUGCGACAAGCCACCGCACAGGUGCUGGCGAGCACCAAGAUGUUGGAAAACAAAUUCAAGGCCGCACAGCAGAGCUCCGACGACUGGUACGCGCGGGCGAAGCUGGCACUGGCGAAGGGCGAGGAGGAGCUGGCGAAGGAGGCCCUCAAGCGACGCAAGGAGUUCGAGGAGAACGCGAGGAGUCUUGAGUCGCAGCUGGCGGCACAACAGACGACAGCAGACAAGCUUAUUAGCAACACUCGGCUGCUGGAGAGCAAGAUCUCUGAGGCGAAGGCGAAGAAGGAUACGCUCAAGGCCCGCGCCCAGUCUGCCAAGACCCAGCAGAAGGUGAAUGAGCUGGUGGGCGGCAUCAGCACCAGCAGCUCGCUGGCAGCCUUCGAGAAGAUGGAGGAGAAAGUGCUGGCUCUUGAGGCGGAGUCAGAGGCGGUGGGCCAGCUGACAUCAGAUGAUCUCUCCUCUAAGUUCGCCCUGCUGGAGAAGGGGUCAGUGGACGAUGACCUGGAGGCGCUCAAGAUGGACAUGCUGCUGCCAGACAAGAGCUCGUCUGGGGAGCUGCCAGCGGGGCGGUCAGUAGCGAAACCGUCACUCAAGGAUCUCGAGGUGGAGGCUGAGCUGAACGAGCUCAGGAGGCGGGCUAGGGAGCUCUAAGCUGACUCACUGGCUGGGGGUUGAAUCCCCAGGAGGGGCCCAGGGGUGUGUGGAUUUAUUCCCAAAUGGAAGCUAGCAGUACAGUGAAUGUUGGUAGCUCUGCGCUCACUGGUGUGCACCAAAUGUUGUGAUGGCCUUGUUGGUUUAUGUGAUAGAUUUUGUUAUUUAGACCCUAAGAGCUGUCGUGGAGAACCUACAUUAUGUCAACUUAUACAUAUUAUCUAUGUAGAAGUUAUAGGCUAGACUGAGGUAUG